GAAACUAAACGUCAGCCAAAAACCAAAAUGGGUGCUGCACUGGACACUCCGAUGAAAUGCCAUCUCUGUGACGAGCUGACCCAGGACCCCGUCACCCUAAAAUGUAACCACCGGUUCUGCCAACGAUGUAUUGGAGACUUGUGGAGCAUUAACCCGACCGGACCAUACCACUGCCCGCAGUCCAGGUGUAAAACUGUGUACCAGACUCUGCCGUUUAGCAAGUCUUUCAUCCGGUCGCCUACCCCGAGUCGCAGUAGUGCUGCAGGCACAUCCAGUAAUACAGAACAAGCUCCACUGGACUUCGACCUGAGGAGACCCUCGCUCACCAGCCGACUGCUUGGGAAGAGAAAGGCCAGCUCGCCUGUUUCAGAGCAACAUGCUGCAAAGCGAACAGCUGUGGAGUCUCCCUCUGAGCGGUCCGGUGACACUGAAUCUCCCACCACUUCUCUGUCCGAUGAAUUCGGGCAGUCGACCACUGCAGGGACAUCUAAAAAAGCGUGUGACCCAGAAUCUGUACAGUUUGAGCAGGGUGAUGGCACAUCCAACGGUGAGAACUCUGACAGCAAGGCUCAUCCAAACGAUGGGCUUCAGGAUGUGUCAGCCACACAGAAGCAGCCUGAUUUACUGGAUGACUCAGACAGCUCCAGUGAAGUGGAUCUGUGCGAUGCACCUCUCUCUGCAGCCCCAAAGAAAGAUAUGCGUGUCACAGGAGCUCACGUCUCUCCAAAGAAACCUGCCUCGCCUGCCAACUCCGAUUGCAAACCUGGGGUCUCAAAUCCAGUGAGAAUUUCAAGCCCUGCACAGCAGGCCUGCAAGACCCCUUUGAUAUUCCCCAGAAGUCCUGCUGCUGCUGCUGCUGCAGGGUCCUCUAACCACGUUGGCAUCUUCCUCAGGCCAGAGAACAAGAAUACAAGCCCCGUCCCGUGUCAUUACUGCCCUAAAGCACAGUGUCAACCGGCAGUGAAGACCUGUCUGGUGUGUGGCGCCUCCAUGUGCAAAGAACACCUCCGUCCCCAUCUGGAAUCGUCGGUCUUCCAGAACCACACAUUGGUUCCGCCCGUGGAGGACAUUUCACUCUGGAGGUGCCAGGAGCACCAGGAGAUAAACCGCAUCUACUGUCGACAGUGUGCAGUGUGUGUGUGCACCGUGUGCACCGUCAUAGGCUCCCACCGCGACCACACCUGCAUCAGCAUCAGGGCAGCGGAGAACGAGCUCAGGGCCAACCUGAAAGAAGACAUCAAGCAGCUGCAGGAUGCUGAACAGCAAGUUAAGAGCAGAGUGACUGAACUCACACAGAAGAAAGAAACUUUCAGAGUGGUUUUAACCGAGGCGCAGGAAGGAGUGAAGCAGCAGUACAGAACCAUCAGAGAGGCUUUGGAGCAGGAGGAGCAGUCGGCUCUUCAGUGUGUGAUGAAGGAGGAGAACAGGGUCCUGGGGAGUUUGGAGAAGAACCUCUCCAUCCUCCAGAACUCCCUGCAGUCCCUGCAGAACAGCCUGCACACACUGGAGGGUCUGGCUGAUGCCAGGGGAGACCGGCGUGUUCAGGAUCAGGCCUUCAUUGUGGAAUACAGCAGGAUUUCUCAACUGACCGGCGAUGUGGAGAAAUGUGUGGAGCAGUGUGAGGGUCCAGAAGAACUGGACCACGCUCGACUCAGCUGCCUGGAGAAGUGGACAGAAAAACGUUUGGACGCUGUUGUCAUCACUGCGCCAGGCAAAGACAGAGACCUCUACAGGCUCCUCUAUGGCACCUGUCCCGUCCUGGACGCAGACACAGCUCAUCCAAAGCUGCAGCUGUCUGAUAACAACAGGAGGGUGGUCUACAGCGACUCCCAGCAGGCUUACACCGAGCACGAGGCUCGCUUCAGCUCCUUCCCACAGGUUCUAGCCUCCUCCGCCUUGGAGGGAGGGCGCUGGUACUGGGAGGUGGCGGUGUCCGUGGACGACGGCCGCUGGAAGGUGGGGCUCUGCGAGAGUCAGAUGGAAAGGAAAGGCCAGAAGGACAGCUCUCGCCUGGGCUUCAACAGCUACUCCUGGUGCCUGGCCUACGACAAGAAGAAGCUGGAAGCUCUGCACAACAAAGAAUCGAUUCCAGUGAAGGCAGACGGGCUGCAGAGGGUGGGAGUGCUCCUUGACUUUGAAGAGGGCAUAUUAUCGUUCUUUAACGUGGCACCAGGGGGCAGUCUUACUUUACUGCAUUCCUACAAGCAGGGCCUUUCUGUCCCUCUGUACCCAGCCUUCUCUGUGUCCAAAACACACCUGAGCAUCUGCGAUUUGUUCAGGUUAUAAACGAGGUCCUCACUUCUGCUGAAAAUUCACAGAUCAUAUAAGAACUUGAGCAUUUUAAUACAACUAUUCAGCAUAUUUUCUUGUUCAAAUGUUUCAAACUGGAUAAAUUUCUUUUGGACGAUCGUUAUAAGUGCAUUUAGAGAAUGUUCAGCUGCAAAAAUUUAAUUAAAUUGAUAUCAUUUAUCAAAACUGGAAUUGUACAAAUAUAAGCUUUUUAAGUGCAGACUACUUACCGGUCUUAAACAAUAAAACUGUUAGGGUGCAGUUUUAUGAUUUUUAAAUGAAUGGUGUUCAGAACAAUUCUUCAGAUUUUAGCUUAUCUUUUCAUGUUUUUAAUGUUACGACUGCUUCUUCAUUUCUUAUCUUUACCAUGUUGCUCAGAUAAAGUGUAAAUAAAAUAAAAAAACAGUUUCUGUACCAAAAGUAAA